AUGAAUCGUAGAUUUAAGACUGAAAUAUAAGACAAGCACCUCAACUAUGAGUAAGAAUAUGAUAGUAUUUUGAUCGUGAAAGAAGAAGAAAAUAAAAACUAGACUCCAUAAUCCUUAUUUAGCCUUUAAUUUUACCAAAAACAAUUUAUAUCACCCCAAAAACAACCUUCGAAAACAAUUAAUAGAUUCAAAAACAAUAAAAAAACUGCUCUCUCGUCAUUAAAAUAGGCAUAAGCUAUUUAUAGCCCUUCUUUACAUGAAAAACAAUUAAGAAUUCAUGCUCCUCCAUCUAAUUUUCGAAUAAAGCUAACGAAUUUUAAAUAAAACUUGAAUGCGAUCUCAAAAUAAAGUCUCCACACUCCUAGCACNUUUGCUCAUAUUUUAUUCAAAAAAGUGUUAAAAUUUUGUAAAAAAUAUGCAAAACUCAUCUCAACAGAUAGUAUCUCUUCUGUGUUAUGUUCUGUUUAACUUUUCAGAAUUUGGAAUCCUUUAGUGAUGAUUGUUAAUAUGUAUAUUUUUUAUAAGGUUUUUAUUCUUAUAAUAUGUAUUAAAAUCGUUUUAAUAAGCAUAUAAGAGAAUAUUUCUUAGUUAAUAGAACUCACUAUUUUUGAUUCAAAUUAUAGUUAUUAAAUUAAUGAUAUCUUUUGA